CCGAUGCUCUCUGUACAACCCAAAGGUAAACAGAAAGGCUGUGCAGGCUGUAAUAGAAAGAUUAAAGACCGCUAUCUCCUGAAGGCCUUGGAUAAGUACUGGCAUGAAGAUUGUCUAAAGUGCGCCUGCUGUGACUGCCGCUUAGGAGAGGUUGGAUCAACACUCUACACAAAAGCAAAUCUCAUUCUUUGUCGCAGAGAUUACUUAAGGCUCUUCGGAACCACUGGGAAUUGUGCAGCUUGCAGUAAACUGAUCCCUGCAUUUGAGAUGGUGAUGCGAGCCAGAGAUAAUGUUUACCAUUUGGACUGUUUCGCCUGCCAGCUCUGCAACCAGAGAUUUUGUGUGGGAGAUAAGUUUUUCCUGAAGAAUAACAUGAUUUUAUGUCAAAUGGACUAUGAGGAGGGACAGCUGAACGGAAGUUUUGAGUCCCAAGUUCAAUAACACAUAAAAUUCUGGCUUCACUUGAGCUUAAUGGAAUGGAUGUUCUGCCGCACAAGCAGUGAAGAGCGUCUGUCGGCUUGCCUGCAAUAUUUUUUUAAUUCUUGGUCCCCAAAGGACUGUAUACAAUGUAGUACU